AUGGAUUACCUAAGCACCUUGUCAAAAUCAGCACCCAUUCACCAAGCCAUUGCACUGAUACAGCAAUCCCAUCUGGCUCAUCGCUGGAUGGAUUUUUAUAAGCGUUCCACAAGAAACGAGCUCACAUUUCUCGGCGCUGCUGCAUUUUUGACGCUCUACAACCUGUCAUCGUACGUCAAAGCCAAGCGUCAAAAGUUGCAUUUGCCUCCCACUGUGCCAUUCAGUCUGCCCUUGCUGGGUCAUUCGUUGUAUCUCAUGAUCAUGCCUAAUAAAUUUAUUGAUUGGUGCAACAAGAAUUACGGUGAACUGUAUAAUAUCAACAUGCUCGGUAAAGAGGUUACUGUGGCGAGUGGUAAAUGUGCCGAAGAGGCAUUGAAGGCUGAUCAGGCUGAUUUGUCAUUAGAAGAAGGUGUUGUCAAAGAUUUGUUGCAUUUGGACUAUGUAUUCGAUCAUCAUACGAUGGCUAUUGGUAUCAAGGCCAAUCCAAUUGUAGCCAAAGCAACAGUGCCCAACAACAAGAUGCCCAUGUACAUCCCUGGUAUUCAGGUUGGCCUGGAAAGAGGCGUAGCGACGCUAUUUAACAAGAACGAACCCACCAUUGUCAACCAUCCUAGCCCCUUCUUUCAAAACUUUGUCGCUUACAUGAGUGUGCCUACUUUGCUUGGCGAGGAAAUGGCCACCAACACUGAGGUGAUCAAGUCCUUUGCUGAAUUCACUGGCGACGUGACCAAGAACGUUGGUAUCUUUAUGAUGGUGCCCAAGUUUUUCCACCCUUACCUUGUAUCUUAUCUACAAUCUGCCAACAAACACUAUGAAGUCAUGGAAAAGUAUGUUGCGCCUGUCAUUGUGGAGAGAAGGGAAAAGAUGAAGCAAGCACAAGAAGCAGGUGUCGAGCAUGGCCUGGAAAACAACUUUUUGCAAGGUCUGAUGGAGUUUGAGAAUACCGAUGAUCCCAACAGAUCCUUCUACACUGAAAAGGAGCUUGCUCAUGCUGUCUUGUUGGUCGCUUUUGCCUCUGUUCAUACCACCUCCAUGAAUCUGAGUUUCUCCAUCUACUGGUUGAUUGCUCGUCCUGAUCUCAAGGCCCAAUUGUUGGAAGAAAUUGAGCGUAUUGUGCCUGGAAAUACACCUUUAACUCACGAAGCUUUGAGCAAGAUGCAGUUCCUGAACAAUUUCAUGCGUGAAGUGCUUCGCCAAGGCGCUGAUAGAGUGGCUAAUGGCAAAAAGGCUCUCAGAGACUACACCUUCAAGAAUGGCUACCAAGUGCCCAAGGGGCGUUCUGUCACUACCACUCUGCGUCAAUUGAACUUUGGUGAUAACGUUACCAGAGCUGCUGUACAAGACAUGGAUCCUGCAAAGUCAUUGAACAAGAUCAGCACUUCACCAGCAAGAGACUUUGCUAGUUUCGGCAUGGGUAAGCAUAUGUGUCCUGGCCGUUUCUUUGCUGUUCAAGAGAUUGAAAUGUCUCUUGUACAUCUGUUGAAACAUUUUGACAUUGACACAGUCAGCGGUAAGAAGCCCUAUCCUGUUGCUACGAUUGCUGGUGUCUUUGCCACGAAUUGCGAAGAGCCUCUUGUCUUUACUCCCAAGCACAUCUAG